AUGGCAUCUCAAACCCUCAAAUACACAACGAAGCUUGUCGGCAAGCGUGUCCUCAUCAUCGGAGGGACGUCCGGCAUUGGCUACUGCGUUGCUGAGGCCGCACUUGAGCACGGUGCAGACGUUAUUGUGUCUAGCUCGAACGCCGCAAAAAUUGAUAAGACGAUCGCAAAAUUGCAGGACGAGUACCCGGAAUUUACGCGCUCUCACAAGGUCUCCGGGUACGUCUGUGAUCUCGCCAACCCUGUGGAACUGGAGACAAACCUCACGCGUCUCUUGGAGGAAGCGACGGAAGGGCGAACGUUGCCCCUCAACCACAUCGCUUUCACAGCUGGCGAUGCGCUCAAGCUCCCAGCUUUGCAAGAUGUUGCGGUGGAUGCCGUUAACGCAUCUGGCACCGUCCGUUUCGUCGCACCAUUGAUCCUGGCCAAAGUCCUCCCCCAGUAUAUGGAUAAAUCACCCUCCAACUCUUUCACUGUGACUGGCGGAUCCAAUGCUCAUCGGCCUCCUGCUGGUUGGUCUGUAAUGGCUGGCUAUGCAACUGCAAUCGAGGGUCUUGUGCGAGGCUUAGCGCAGGACCUCAAGCCUCUACGAGUGAAUAUUGUGUCACCCGGAGCAGUGCAUACCGAGUUGUUUGAUGGGUUUGGUACGAAGCUCGAUGAGCUUCUGAAGGGAUUCCGGGAAAACACCUUGACUGGAACAGUCGGCACCCCGGGAGAUGUGGCGGAGGCAUACAUCUACAUCAUGAAGGACAAGUUCAUUACAGGCUCUCUGGUAGCGUCUAAUGGAGGGAUUCUCUUGGUCUAG